GGCGAGAAUUUAGGAGCUUUUAGAUUGUUCUAUUCGCGCGUGCAGCAGUUCUUCGUGUACCUGCCGCAGGGUGGGGAGUUCCGGAGCUGGUGCUGCGCCUUGAGGCUAUACAACUCCGACGCAAAAUCGUGUGGCGUUUUCCUGGAAAGGGCCGAGACGCUCCUACGGAAGAGGGGGGCGGUGGAGGAAGACUACGCGAGCGGCCCCGUCGCGCUAGUCGACAAGCUUUUUCCGAAGAUCGACAGCGGCUCCAAUUUCAAAAAAAUGCACGUGAAC